AUGAAAGUAGUUUUAACAUUCAACAUAUGUACUAACAAUAGCUUAGCAAAUGGCUUACUAGAAUACCUUAGACAGAUCGUGUACAAUAAAGAUUCCAUUGACAUUUUAUCUUCUCAAGAUAAUAUAAUUCUGAAAAAUCUACCAAAAUAUGUUGUUGUUGAAUUAAUUGGAAAAGCACCUGGUUCUUAUAAAACACUUCUACCUAAUCAUAUACCUAUUUACCCACUUAAACAUCUCUGUGUACACACAAUCUGGAAUCGUGAUGGUUCUAAAAUUUCCAAAAGAUUUCAAUACUUUCAACUUCCUUUAACAUCCACAUUCAUGUUUACUGAUUUUAAAUCACAAGGACGUACCCUUGAGAAAAUAGUUGUUGAUCUAUCAGGAAAGCAUGUGAAUAAUAGUACAUAUGUAAUGCUUUUCAGGGCACAAAGGUUGGAUGAUUUAUUAAUUUUAAAACCAUUCGAUGAAUCCAUACUGAAUAUGCAAUUAUCUCCCGCACUUCAUGCUGAACUUGCACGUAUCGAAGAAUGUACGCAAAGAACAACUCAAUUGAAAUUUUGUCUGAAUAUGAAUAAGUAG